AAACGAUACAUUAAUUAUUAUUAAUACUGAUGUUUAUAGUUUUACAAGUAAAGGAAAUUCCAUAUAAUAAACACUUAAGACUAUCUAAUAGUUAGUGGUAUAUUUAUGUGUGUGGGUGUUAGUGUUGAUGUUGAUGUAGAUGUUAGAUGCAGAUGACCUCAAGGCGUGAUCGGUCACUAGAAUGAUCUUAAAGAAUUAUGAAACUGGCCUUGUUGUUUUGUGGAUUGGGGCUUAUCACCAAUGGAUUUAGCACGGAGAAUGAAGCUGAAGAUUACAAUGACUCGUCUAAGACUUCCGCCAGUAUACAAACCGACGUCUCGGAUGAUUAUGAUUCAUUUGAGAUAACUGAAGUUCAAGAUACCACAAAAAAGACGUAUCACUGUGCGGCACGUAAUUCAGUAAAAAAUGAAACUAAUCUCGAUCAAAAAACCAUUGAGACUCUAGAUAACAAUGGAAUCCAAUCUAUGCAACCUAAGAGACUUCACUAUCAAGUACGCAGCGUUAGACAAAAAAUGUGCCAGUCUGGGUUCAAUCCAUUUCAAGUUGACAGCAAAGUCGGUUCUAUUCACAAACGAUUUAAAAAUGUCAUAAGACUCAUGAUCUACAAUACACCUGGCAUGUUCCCCGGAUUAAGAGUAAUCCCCACAAAAUUGGUUUCGUUUUGA